GCUUCAUUUCGCAGUUGCGGGCUCGCCUUAGCGACAAGAUCCCUCCACCCGCCUACCGGCGUGAGCUGCGAGCUUGGAUAUCUUUCCGAUUCGCGUUUCUUUCACAAGCAAUCAAGCACGGAGUGGGCAAGACAGAUAUGUAUGUUUUCGCGGGCGCUGGGCGUCGUCUUGUUGGUAGUAGCCAGAGUGGCCCACAAGGAUACUUAUACCUUUCUCUCUCUAUUUCUCUGGUCAGUGCGCUUGAGCCUGAACCUUGAUCAAGAGCGAAUGCAUACACAAUCGUCAUGUUGCUGGAUGGGUUGUUUUAUCCAACAUAACGCCAAGGCCACCAGUGUAUAG